GGCUUUAUUAUGUUUUACAGUUGGGGAAACUAAGACUAAAGAAGAUAACUCAUUCAAGGUCAAUCAGCAAGUAAGUAGCAGAAUUGGAACUCAAACCCAGGUCUAGUUUGAUGACAAAGCUGUUCCUUUAAGCAAUUUGCCAUAACAUGCACCUAAUGGGAAAUGUUGCUUGGAUCACUGGUUAUGGCCAUCAUUCACAGAGAUGCUAAACCCGGAGUUUUCUUUAACAUAGCCUUUACCCUGUAGAAACAUUUAAACUUCAUUUCAGAAGAGAAAUAUCUAUUUGAAAAAUAAUCUAAGUAAAUUCAUCAGAUGCUUUACCCCAGAGUGACUCUGGUCUUGGUAUUUUGGUUUUUGUUGUUGUUUGAGACGGAGUCUCGCUCUGUCGCCGAGGCUGGAGUGCAGUGGCGCGAUCUCGGCUCACUGCAACCUCCGCCUCCUGGGUUCAAGCAAUUCUCCUGCCUCAGCCUCCCGAACAGCUGGGAUUGCAGGCGCCCACCACCAGGCACGGCUAAUUUUUGUAUUUUUAGUAGAGACGGGUUUCACCAUUUUGACCAGGCUGGUCUCCAACUCAGGUGAUCCCCCCGCCUCGGCCUCCCAAAGUGCUGGUAUUACAGAUGUGAACCACCGCGCCCAGCCGGUAUUUUGUGAAGAACAAACUACAAGGUGACUACUAUUUUGGGGUCACCUUGACAUGGAGGAGAGGUGAAUGGAAAUAAAACUUAUUCUUCCCAGUGUCUUUAGAAUGUAGGCGCUGAAACUGAGUGAAACUGAGUAAAACUGCCACCCAAUUUUCCUGGGAACCAGCGAUUCUGUAGUCAACAGAAGUUUGCUUUUCCAACAGCUGGAAACGCCAGGGUUGGGCACAGCCUCAAGAACUGAGGCUGCCUUGUUCAGACUUUCACACGGUCCCUCUGUUCCUUCCACAGAGGCCUCUUUUUCUUCUAUAUCCCGCAUCUGCCGCUUGGGACACUCAUUCUGUAGCGCAGCACCAAGUCUUCCAAAAAGGCGGCGCUGGUUUUGCGCUCCUUUUUUAAAGGGAUCUAGGCCAGCUCUAUCUGAACUCUGUACGAUGUUUUUUGUUUGUUUGUUUUGUUUUGUUUUUGAGAUGGAAUUUCGCUCUUGUUGCCCAGGCUGGAGUGCAAUGGUGCGAUCUCCACUCACGGCAACCUCCGCCUCCCGGAUUCAAGCGAUUCUCCUGCCUCAGCCUCCUGAGUAGCUGGGAUUAAAGGCAUGCGCCACCACUCCCGGCUAAUUUUGUAUUUUUAGUAGAGACGGGGUUUCUCCAUGUUGGGCAGGCUGGUCUCGAAUUCCCGACCUCAGGUGAUCCGCCCGCCUCGGCCUCCCAAAGUGCUGGGAUUAUAGCCGUCAGCCACUGCGCCCGGCCAACUCUAGACAAUAUUUAUUGCUCUACUUUUUAGUGUCUGAAGAAGAAAGAAGAGCACAGGAAAGAAACUUCAGUCUGAGGGUUGAGGACACGUCCCGGAGCUGAGGAGGACCAAGCUCCCAAGUCCCCCGUCACCUUGACACGCAGACGGUUCGCCAGGACUGCGAAGAGGGGGGCAACCAGCGCCCCGCCCCACCCCGCUGCGCCGCCCGCCAUUGGCCGGUCCGAAAGACGCGGGGCGUUGUCGGUUUGAAUGAGAGCGCCUGGAGCCGGGGCGCAGGCGCAGAGGAGGGCGGCGUUGAGACCGGCGGAGCGGCGGGACCCCUAGGUGGCGGAGGGACGCUCCGGGAAAGCGAGGGGCGCUACGAGCUCUGGCCCACGUGACCUGCCGGGGGCGGGAGCAGGGGGCGCGCCGGCCUCCUGCGGUGCCCCUGCCUUGGGGAGGGGCCGUGACCACCCGCCUGUCGCCCGAGGCGGCCGCCGCUGCACCUUCACCGCGUACCCGGGACCCGCCCGCCGGCCCGCCCGCGGGAGAAAUGUUGCUGAAGUGCUGCUGAAAGGGCCAGAGGUGCAAGGAUUUGGGAUACAUUUUGAACCUUUAAGCUGUCUGACAUUGACCUCCUUUCAUUAUUAAUAAAGAAGAAGCAGGAGCUUAGGAUGUAUUAACACCAACUCAUUAAUAUACUAACCGGACAAUGUUCUACAAACAAUUCUACAUUGUAAAGGACUGGAUUGGCACAAAAUAAAAUAAUUUUAUUUUAUUCAGCUUAUAAUAUGACUCGAUGGAGGAAAAUUUGAUAAGCAUGAGAGAAGACCAUUCUUUUCAUGUUCGUUACAGAAUUACCUGGGGCUUUAAAAAAAUACAGGUGGCCAGACAUCACCCAGAGAGUGGAGUUCAGCGUUGGGAGUUUUAGAAAGUGCUCCAGAAUGGAAGCUUCUUGCCUAGAGCUGGCCUUGGAAGGGGAACGUCUAUGUAAAUCAGGAGACUGCCGCGCUGGCGUGUCAUUCUUUGAAGCUGCAGUUCAAGUUGGAACUGAAGACCUAAAAACACUUAGCGCUAUUUACAGCCAGUUGGGCAAUGCUUAUUUCUAUUUGCAUGAUUAUGCCAAAGCAUUAGAAUAUCACCAUCAUGAUUUAACCCUUGCAAGGACUAUUGGAGACCAGUUGGGGGAAGCGAAAGCUAGUGGUAAUCUGGGAAACACCUUAAAAGUUCUUGGGAAUUUUGACGAAGCCAUAGUUUGUUGUCAGCGACACCUAGAUAUUUCCAGAGAGCUUAAUGACAAGGUGGGAGAAGCAAGAGCACUUUACAAUCUUGGGAAUGUGUAUCAUGCCAAAGGGAAAAGUUUUGGUUGCCCUGGUCCCCAGGAUGUAGGAGAAUUUCCAGAAGAAGUGAGAGAUGCUCUGCAGGCAGCCGUGGAUUUUUAUGAGGAAAACCUAUCAUUAGUGACUGCUUUGGGUGACCGAGCGGCACAAGGACGUGCCUUUGGAAAUCUUGGAAACACACAUUACCUCCUUGGCAACUUCAGGGAUGCAGUUAUAGCUCAUGAGCAGCGUCUCCUUAUUGCAAAAGAAUUUGGAGAUAAAGCGGCUGAAAGAAGAGCAUAUAGCAACCUUGGAAAUGCAUAUAUAUUUCUUGGUGAAUUUGAAACUGCCUCGGAAUACUACAAGAAGACACUACUGUUGGCUCGACAGCUUAAAGACCGAGCUGUAGAAGCACAGUCUUGUUACAGUCUUGGAAAUACAUAUACUUUACUUCAAGACUAUGAAAAGGCCAUUGAUUAUCAUCUGAAGCACUUAGCAAUUGCUCAAGAGCUGAAUGAUAGAAUUGGUGAAGGAAGAGCAUGUUGGAGCUUAGGAAAUGCAUACACAGCACUAGGAAAUCAUGAUCAAGCAAUGCAUUUUGCUGAAAAGCACUUGGAAAUUUCAAGAGAGGUUGGGGAUAAAAGUGGUGAACUAACAGCACGACUUAAUCUCUCAGACCUUCAAAUGGUUCUUGGUCUGAGCUACAGCACAAAUAACUCCAUAAUGUCUGAAAAUACUGAAAUUGAUAGCAGUUUGAAUGGUGUACGCCCCAAGUUGGGACGCCGGCAUAGUAUGGAAAAUAUGGAACUUAUGAAGUUAACACCAGAAAAGGUACAGAACUGGAACAGUGAAAUUCUUGCUAAGCAAAAACCUCUUACUGCCAAACCUUCUGCAAAGCUACUCUUUGUCAACAGACUGAAGGGGAAAAAAUACAAAACGAAUUCCUCCACUAAAGUUCUCCAAGAUGCCAGUAAUUCUAUUGACCACCGAAUUCCAAAUUCUCAGAGGAAAAUCAGUGCAGAUACUAUUGGAGAUGAAGGGUUCUUUGACUUAUUAAGCCGAUUUCAAAGCAAUAGGAUGGAUGAUCAGAGAUGUUGCUUACAAGAAAAGAACUGCCAUACAGCUUCAACAACAACUUCUUCCACUCCCCCCAAAAUGAUGCUAAAAACACCAUCUGUUCCUGUGGUAUCCCCCAACACGGAUGAGUUUUUAGAUCUUCUUGCCAGCUCACAGAGUCGCCGUCUGGAUGACCAGAGGGCUAGUUUCAGUAAUUUGCCAGGGCUUCGUCUAACACAAAACAGCCAGUCGGUACUUAGCCACCUGAUGACUAAUGACAACAAAGAGGCUGAUGAAGAUUUCUUUGACAUCCUUGUAAAAUGUCAAGGAUCCAGAUUAGAUGAUCAAAGAUGUGCUCCACCACCUGCUACCACAAAGGGUCCGACAGUACCAGAUGAAGACUUUUUCAGCCUUAUUUUACGGUCCCAGGCAAAGAGAAUGGAUGAACAGAGAGUUCUUUUACAAAGAGAUCAAAACAGAGACACUGACUUUGGGCUAAAGGACUUUUUGCAAAAUAAUGCUUUGUUGGAGUUUAAAAAUUCAGGGAAAAAAUCGGCAGACCAUUAGUUACUAUGGAUUUAUUUUUUUUCCUUUCAAACACGAUACUGAAGGCAGUUUACAAGGGGAUGAUAACAAAGUAACUAACUGUAGCAAAAGACAAGUUUGGGACAGACUGGGACCUGGAGUAACACUGGAUCACAGACUGCAAAGGCCCACGCUUGGAACAAGUUGCCAACUUGUUCCACUCUGCUUGCUUCAGCUUGUGCACAGCUGGGAUGGGAUCUGGGGAUGUGGACCCCUAGUCUUUCAAAAAGUCAUUCAGGUGAUUUGGAUGGGCAAACAGAACUAUUUCUCUAAAUGGCCAAUGUUUUUUAAGAGUCAUAAUCUGGAAUUACAUUAAGUGCUCAGCUAAAAAAAAAAAAGUUCUAAAUUACAACCUGGAUUACAUUAUGUUUCAUGUAUACUAUAAGGUAUGAUGUCCUAGAUAGCAUUUUAAAAACUCAGGUAAGUUUCAUGGGGUUCUUAUAAGAAAAUUCAGUUAAGACAGUAUACCAAACCACAACGUAAAAAGUUUAUUUUGUGUAUACAAUAGUUCUUACAGCCUGUAAACAUUCAACAUUAUUCCAUUUAAACAUUGUUUUUAACAGCUGUCUACCCUGUUCUGAUUUUCCUAAAAGCUUCACACUAUAUAGGCUGGGCACAAUGGCUCACGCCUGUAAUCCCAGCACUUUGGGAGGCCGACAAGGGCGGAUCACUUGAGGUCAGGAGUUCGAGACCAGCCUGACCAACAUGGUGAAACCCCAUCUCUACUAAAAAAUACAAAAAUUAGCCAGGCAUGGUGAUGAUGCACAUCUGUAAUCCUAGCUACUCAGGAGGCUGAGGCAGGAACAUCUGUAAUCCUAGCUACUCAGGAGGCUGAGGCAGGAGAAUCUCUUGAACCUGGGAGGUGGAGGUUGCAGUGAGCCAAGAUUGUACCACCUCACUCCAGCCUGGGUGACAGGGCAAAACUCUCAAAAAAAAGUAAAAUUUCAAAAAAGCGUCACAAUAUAAACCUUAAUUUUAAUGACAUAUUGGCUAGUCAAUAAACAAGUCUUAUCUCUUUUCUGAUAACAAAAUGGCCCGAUGUGUUCAAUUUGCUUCCAUAUUUAAGUCUUUCCUGAAUUGCUGUCAUCAUUCAACAGCAGUUGCAUGUUGCCUUGCUAGCUGUCAAAGUAGACUUCAUCCCCAAAUGGAUAUCUGUAAUGAAAGAAUACAAAGGUGAAAUUUUAUUUAAAAAUUUUUUAAAAGAAUUUGGUUUUGGAUUAAAAGGCAUGCAAGCAGCAUUAAUUCCACUCACAGUUACAGUCUAUCACCUGGGGCAUUCACUACUUUUCAGAGUCAGAUCACAGUUCAAAAGACAGCUCUCACCUUGGGGGCAUAUUCCCCAAGUCACUGUGAACAUGUCUUGUCCCAAGAGGACACUUUAUACGCAUGGAUGUUCACAAAUUUAUUCUAAACUGCAGGUGUCUGUCAGGAUUCAUUUGUUACAUGUCCUCUGUGUUAAAAAUCCUAAAAUCCUUUUGCAUUUCUUAGAAAAAAAUCACCUUUCUGAUGAAAUUCUAAAGAUGUUUGCAAUAUUAAACUAGAAUAUAUUAACAUGUAUAAUUUUGAGACAAGGUCUUGCUCUGUCACCCAGGCUGGAGUACAGUGGCUCGAUCAUAACUCGCUGCCACCUCGCGAUCCUCUUGCCUCAGCCCUCCAAGUAGCUGGGACUACAGGCGUGUACCACCAUGCCUGGCUAGUUUUAUUUUUAGCACAUAGCCUUGAACUCCUGAGCUUAAGCGAUCAUCCUCCCUCAACCUUCCAAAGUGCUAGGACUGUAGGCAUGAGCCACUGCACCUGGCCUAAAAUUACAUUGUUACAGGCACGUAAGUAACACUUCCUGGAUCCAAAAAUGUGUAUUCUGCAUUUCAUAUUAAAAUCAAAAAGCAAGAGCUUGGGAUACACAUAUCUGCAUGAAAAUUUAAAGACUUUAUUCCUGACUGGUAUCACUUUUAGUAAGCAGUUGAACAUAACUUGUAGUGUGAAUAUGGUUAAAACAAAGGACACCUGAUGUCUGUGAAGUCUGCUAAGGACAGGUACAAAAUUUAUGCAUUACUUUUUAAAAAGUUUAAAAUGAGGAAUGCUUUUGAUAAUCAGAAAGACUAAUGUAAAGUGCUGAUUGAUGUCCUGUCUGCAGUUAAGGAAGACACCCAACUCUCUUCUUCCUCAUCAUGGUAUUCUCUGUGUACAGAUCUCUAAAAAUGCAAACUUCCUAUGGACAAGACAAUAUGAUUUGCUAUAAUAUGAAUUAAGAUAUGGUAAUAUCUAAUAGUCUCCACUGCUAGGAUUCUGAGUAACACAAAAAAUAGGUUUUAUAAAAAGCCCAUGCACUUCAAUUGGUGGGGGAAAAGAAUAAAGUCAUUUUCAGUCGACUGACUCUGUAAAACAGAUUACCAAUAUAACAAGCUAUGUUAUCUAAAUUGCCCUGGCAGUCUUCAGUUUUCUCUAAGUAAACAUAAAGUAAAAGGAGCAAUAAGCAUGCAGGCGUAGUAAUAGCUGUGGAAAAGAUGAAACUACAGCCACAGUGACCUGUGGGCAGCCUGCGUAGAGAUAAGCUGAGGUGUCAGUCAGACUGAUCCUGGUAACGAUACUCCAUGGCUGCAUGAAGAUGCUGGAGGCAUCAAGUGGGUGGCCUUAACUCUAGUGGAUUCCACUAGGCAAUGUAAAUUGGUUAGUGGGUUCCCGUAAGUGCCUGUAACAAUAAAAUUUCUUUUUCAAUGUCCCCAAUUCAAACUGGCCUCCUUAACUAUCCAGAAUCAGUGAUGCCUGUCAUCUGUUCAUCUUAAAAUAAACACUUCUUACUUUAUGGAAUGUAAAUAUCAAAGAGAAGAUGAAAUUAAAAGCUUUUAUAUAUAUAA